AAAUUUGAUUGUAAUUAUUCUGAAACUAAAAGGGAAAUAUCAUCAUAGCCUUUAAUUGUUUGUUUGUUUUGUAUGCAUGGCUUUACCUUUUUAUUUUGACCAAACUGACCAAAUAUUUUGGUUUCCAGCUGUUGUAACUGAACUAUGUAUGGGACUUUUUGAAAAUCAUAAAAGGGAAGGAAAUGUGAUCAUAGUUCAGGUGAUCAAUAUGCCUCAACCUGUCUCUUAGCUUGUGCAACUUUAUGCAAAUAUUUGUUUUCUUUUUCUAAAUCGACACUUCUACUUUUAAAAGAAGCAGUAACGUGUAGAGUGUUUUCACGUCUGUGUUUGUUGUCAAAUCCAGCUCUCGUGUUCCGUCACACCCCCUGAUCCCUCCUCACAUGCAUGUUGCUGCACGCAGGUUCCUGCCCUUCAAUCCUGCUCCCAGGUUUCCCUGCGCUGAAUAAACAACUGGGUCUGGCAGCGAAACAUUCUCGCUGGCAUGAUGACGAAAUCUUCUGUUUAGUGUCCACCGACGUGACUUCUGCCGUUUGCUCUUAUGAGAAACACUCUGAAGACUACAUUGCUGUAUUUCAGGAAAUCCUCACAAAGGGAUUGUAGCAUCACUUUAGUUACUCUAAGGUUUGAGAAGAUGGAUGAUGGAACACUUUGAGAUGGUGAUAUCUAUUGCUUUUGGUUUAGCUUAACUUAUUACAUUACAACACCUGCACACAUAGGAUAUCCUUGAUUAAUACACACCACACUGCUAUUUAAUCAAUACUCACACAUUGUGGUUUAAAUGUUUGAUUUGUGUAUUUAAAUUGGGUGUAAUUUGGAUUUUGUCCCAUUUCUCAUUCAUUAUCUCUCUUCUAGUGGCCUUUAGAGCCAGACCAUAACCUCGUAUCACCAGCUUUACUUCAGGAAAACCAUCAGAAACAACGUUUUGUUUCCCUGCAGCUAUUUAACCCGAUUUGUUUCUGCAAGUUUUUUUUUCUUUUCACCUCAUUUGCUCAAAUAACUGCACCAUCCAUGCACAUAUGCACCAAAGUAAUGACAGUUUAAUGAUGUGAUGUGUUUUAACUUGAAUGCAUUUUCUGGUACAUAACAAAGGACCAAAAGCAAAAGGAUGCACAGGUGCAUUCAGAUGUGAGGUGGCAAUGUAAAAAAGCAUGCAUAUAAAGUAGCCGGAUCCAUCGCUGUUAUCAGGAUAAUGUGUUCUCUUUUGGAGCUCCAGCUGGACGGUUGUUGUGAUGGAAAUCUGCAUGAUUUUACUGAUCUGCUUUUAUCCUGAAAUGUGUCUUCCAUUGCUGAAAGUGUGAGUCCUGUGGAUGCAUAACCUAAUCAGAUCUGCCUGGUUUGAUCUGUUUGCUGCUUUGUUCUGUUUCAAAUACCAUCCAUUCACUGGCACACAGGCUCAUGAAUACUCGUGCAACGCACAAACUCACAACUAGUGAUAAAUAAAAUGGAGACGGAUUGAUGAAAGUGGGUCAUUGGUAAUUGAAUUUGGAAAUUUCCUUUACAUUUCUGUGACGUCAAAUAUUAAAUGCUAGUCAGCGUCUGUCUGGUCAUGUUCCAACUUCCUUCCAGUGUGGCUGAAGAGCUAAAAGGGUCACUUAAUGAGACUCAAGGGAAGUGAAUCACGUGUGAAAGAGAAGGUGUGUUUGUCUACAUGCAGGUGUGUGAGGAGAAGAUGUCCUCUGGGGGGUCUCCAGGUCUAAUUAAUCACCCCUUGCUGCCUGAGUGAGCCUAGUCAAUAAUGUCCUUGUUAACACCAGCUACUUGGAGUGAAAUUCCCAGAAGAAAUGAGUAACUUUAUUAGUGAAUGUGUGCAAAAUCCCUCAUUUCUCAGUGCAUGCUUACAAAUCUGUUACACUUUAUUUUAGAACAUGUCGUAACUUUUAUUUGCAGUUUUCAUUUUAACAAUUUUUCAAAACAAUUAGCAAUCAUUUAUAAAAUUUCAGAUGUCACAUUUUGUUGCAGGUGUUAAAGUAAGAGUGUUUCUGAUUGAGGCUGCAUGUAGCUUUUUUCAAUAGCUGUGUUAUCUCACUUCUCUAUAACUUGGUUUGUAAAGGUUUCAUCACAAGUGUUUACUUAUAAAACAUCACUUCAAAAUAACACAAUGAUUUCAGUUUAAGACAGUGUGACCUCCCAACAUGAGAAAUGGGUUUGUAUUUUAGAAAAUAAAGGCAUUUGCACAUUUUCUAAAGAAUAAUUGUGAAUGUAACAGUGUGCAUACAGACAUUUUCUGGUUUUCUAAUCAAUCAAAAAUGUUUUUUUUAUUUUGAAUAUAUUCCUUUCAAACUGUGUUUUUGGCCUAAGUUCAUACGUGUCUAAUAAUUCAUUAAUUUAAUCUUUUCAAGUUUUAAUUUUCUAGCAAAAACUUGAAUUUAUAACAUUAAAUGAAAUCUGACAUGCAUGCAAACACAAGCUCACUGCUAAACCGUCCUGCUUCUUCAUUCAAGCUAUUUUUUCCCACUAAAACACCAUAAAGGAAAUAGUUUGUCAGCUUUUCAGGCAAAAGCCUCACACCAUUCAUCAUACUCAUCAUCACAGUUGUCCUUUUAGUCUCCAUAGUAACGGUCUCACGGAAACAAGCGCCACUUUCACCUUUCUCACAUGUCCUUCGUUAUCAGCCCCAUCACUCACACUCCUCCUCAUAUAGCUUACGUGUGUUUGUUUGUAUCUGAGCGUCUCUGCAUGUGUGGAAGCCGACCCCUCUGCACCUAGGACGCACCACAGGGUGAGAAAGCCACACCGUUGAUGCUAAGAUUAUCCAGUUUGCCUCUUCACAUUAAAAAAUUCUAAGGAAGAAACUCUCAAGAGACAGGAGGGAGGUCAGAAUGGGCUCCAGCUCCUCUUCUUAUGCUCCCAGAAACAUUUACCUGGAUGUGGACGGCAAAGUGCAAAAGGUGGUGUUCAGCCGGUUCUGUUGUCCAAGUGUCAUCAAGGAGCUUCUUUAUUCCUCAUCUAACAUUCCCAGAAGCACCGCGAUCAUGGUUGUGGAUCCAGAAGGUGCCAUGGUCUCUAUUGAUCCCACAAUGCCUACCAAUUCCCCCAGCUAUUUGUACAAAGUUGUCCCAUUGGCCUCUGUCCAACCUGAAGAGAAGGAAGGCAUGCUUCAGAAUGUGUUGUCCCAUGUGGCUGAGCAGUUCAGCAGAGCAUUUCACAUCAAUGAGAUGAAAACUGAGCUCACCAACAGGCUGACGAUGUUGGAAAAGAGAGUGGAACUAGAGGGUUUGAAAGUGGUGGAAAUUGAAAAGUGCAAAAAUGAUCUUAAGAAUCUUCGAGAGGAGAUGUCUUCAAGAGGUAGCAGCAGGUUUAACUGUUCGUGUAAAUACAACUUAGACGAUGGGAAGAAGGUCACACCCAGACGAGACGUCCCCAAUUAUCCAAAGUACACACUUUCUCAGGAGACCAUUGAAGCUCUGAAGAAGCCGACUUUUGAUGUUUGGCACUGGGAACACAACGAGAUGCUGAGCUGUCUAGAGUUUAUGUAUCAUGACUUGGGACUAGUAAAGGAAUUGAACAUGAACCCCAUCACUCUUAAACGCUGGCUGUUGGCUAUUCAGGAGAAUUACCGCAACAACCCUUUUCAUAAUUUUCGGCACUGCUUCUGUGUCAGUCAAAUGAUGUACGGCAUGAUUCACCUUUGCAACCUGAAGGAGAAGUUGACUCUGACAGAUUUGGUGAUCUUAAUGACAACUGCAGUAUGUCAUGACCUGGACCACCCUGGCUACAACAACACGUACCAAAUCAAUGCUCGCACAGAGCUGGCCGUGCGCUACAACGACAUCUCACCACUAGAGAAUCAUCACUGUGCCGUGGCAUUCCAGAUCAUUUCCCUUCCUGAGUGCAAUAUCUUUGCAAAUGUGAAUCCAGACACCUUCAAAAAUAUUCGACAAGCAAUUAUCACUCUCAUACUAGCCACAGAUAUGGCAAGGCAUGGUGAGAUCCUGGAGUGUUUUAAACAAAAAGUCAAAAAUUUUGACUUUUCCAAUGAGGAGCAUGUGAUAUGUCUGAAGAAAGUUCUGGUCAAAUGCUGUGACAUAUCUAAUGAAGUGAGGCCGACUGAGGUCGCCGAGCCUUGGGUGGAUUGCUUGCUGGAAGAGUACUUCAUGCAGAGUGACAGGGAGAAGUCUGAAGGUCUCCCUGUGGCUCCUUUCAUGGACAGAGAUAAAGUCACCAAACCCACAGCUCAGAUUGGAUUCAUCAAGUUUGUCCUUAUCCCGAUGUUUGAGACAGUCAUGGAGCUUUUUCCUCAGAUUGAAGAGAUUAUGGUUCAGCCUCUGAGAGACUCUCGUGACCACUAUGAGGAACUCAAACUGCUCGAAGACGCCAUGACAGAGGGGUCCUCUUUCAUGAUCAAAUUCGGGAAAGACUUGAAGAGUCAGUGAGGCCCCAGUGAAGACGUCCUGCGCCGCAAUCUGAGGAUGACAGUCGAAAGCAGGAGGGCAAAGAUGAAAGAGACUCAGCUCAGCUGCAUACUGAACUAAAAUUAGGUGACACAAGGGGCAGAUCUUGAACUUUGACUUAGACUUUAGCUCUGGAUGUUGAAAGGAGGUGUUGGAUCUUCUCCGUAUAUUUAUGGCACUUAAGCUGAGCUCUUUUCUUGUUUGUAUUUUUAAUGCAAAAGUGUGAAAAAGGCGUUUUUAAAAGCAUUAAUGUAAAGUAAUUACGUUCUUUUGCAAAUGUGAUUGCCUGAUAGACCAAAGUUUUACAAAACACGUCACCAAAACUAAAUCAAAGUUUUCCACAGUUUCCUAAACGGUAAAAUUAAUCAGCAAUAACGUUUAUUUAAUGUUGGGCAUGAAGAGAUGUUUCAUUUACACCUAUGUCUUUCUGUUCUACUGAGCAACAGCGGAGAGGGCACUUUACACUUCUGCCAAUGUGAUAGAAUAUUUAGAUCAUUUUGACCUUUUGACAUCCAGGCUAAGGCUAGAUGACUGAAAAGUGCAAUAGCAAAUGUGUCAAUCAAAUUUAGAUCAUGUGAAAUGAGUUAUUUUCUUACAAAACACACAUAUUUAUUGGAAAAUAUUUUCACUGAAGUCCUCAGGGGCUAGGCAGUGUCAGUUUUUCUCAGAUUUACACUAUAACAACCUUUAUUCACUGACUGCUGGAACUGCUUGUUAUGUUUUAUUAAUGCUACGUGUAAUUUUAGGGGUUUUAAGUAUUUUUCAAAAGAUGUCAAAUCUAGCAACCCAUGUGUGUUAGAAUCAACAUGUUCUUUGUUAUGUGUUAGAAAAGUGUCUCUUGCAGGCCUGAGCAUGGAAAAGAGUCUGCAAACAUUUCCUGUGUACUGGAAACUUGAUCCAAAUGAGCUCAUGGAGAGGGAAAGCGGUAGUUGUUUGACGUCCUUGAUUGUCAUUUUAGUAGAUCACAGGCUCUCUACAGUACCCAAUUAUCCGUGUUUCUGCUCACUCCUCGUGCAUGGUAUAAUCCAUUGCUACACCUUUUAAAGAAACAAUGUGUAGUUUUUACCAUUAAUCUCUGGAAAUAUCCAUUGUGGAAAUUGAAUAAAAUGAUGUCUAGUUGUUGAAAAAUAUUGUCAGCUUUGUACCGUAUAAUAAUAAAAAUUGGGUCUGAAGUUCAUAGGGGCACGGGCCAAGCAUCUUUGGGGGACACCAUAUUAGACGCCAUGUUUCCUUCUGGCCGGCUCAGGGUCCUCUGCCUGUCGAUGAGGUCACACUAUGAUUGGCUGGACGUAUGACUUACAGAAGUUACAUUACCACGCUCAAAAACAUUUAGGCAGUGUGAAACAGGAAUUUAAUAACAAACUGCUAAACUCUUUCCAAACAUAUGUGAAAGAACAGAAUCAAAAAAGAGAUGCAAUAUAUUUUGGCCAAGCGGUAUUGCCAUAGACAUAGACAUCAUUGGCAGGUGCAGGGCCCUGAGUAAAUCUAGAAAUUACAGCACCAGAAAAAUACAAUCAUCUAGAUGGAAUUCAUUAAUGGACCGUCAAAGUCUGAGGAGUCAUGCCGAGGCUGCAUGCUUUCUGCUCCACAGGUGACUAACAGUCACCCUGAAAGGUGUGACUGCCCCCUAGCACCAGGAAACUACACACUGCCACUUUAAGUUAAUAUUAUUACUGCAAGACUGCCUGAUGCCAACUUAUUUUGUUUUGUAUUUUAACUUGCACAGCUACUUUGACCUUUCAGGUCUCUCCCCCGAUCACUGUAGUUAAAGUUGAGGUUUAUCUUAUUCUGGGGAUGUGCAGCUGAUAGUCCCGCCUCCUCAUCUGCAUACAAUCAUAGUGUUUUCAAUUAUGAAAUAACCAAUUACUGCUAAAUGCGCUAGAAUAAGAACUGAUUCAACAACGACAACAAAAAGCAUCUGAGACACAUUUAUGUAAGUUUAGCAAUGGUGGACAUAGAGAGGGUGGGACUUAAACCUUGUACUGCAACCUGCCACUAGGAGUUGUUCAUUUGUCCCAGCUUCAAGUUCUGCAUGGAUAUCUAUGUGCAGGUGAUGGAAUAGCUUUAAGUGUUUUAUUUAGAUUAACAACCACAGAAAUUUAGCUGAUGAGUUUUUAAAAAUGCUUUAAAAGCAACUGAAAUACUUUACUGCUUAAUCCCGCAGUCCAUGCAGUCUUGUUAUUUUUAACUCCUGCUGGUCACUGAUUAGAGUUUAGUUACAACAUCUUUACCAAAAAAAAAGCUGGAAUCCAGUCAAAAUGUACAAAAAUGACACUGAUUAUUAACAUUAGUGCCACCCAAAUUUAUCACUUGUUGAAUCCAUUCCACAAAUUCCCUUUGAGCCAUUCAACUGUGGCGGUUUCUUCCAGCUAGUCCUUGGUUAUUUUAUGACUGCUUUUUAUUGACAGUGUGUUCUACUCCUCUCUCACGUCACCUGCAGGCUUCAUCUGACACCUACAGUACCAAACACCACCUGUGUAGCUCUGAGGAAAUCCCACUGCACGCUAACCUAGGAAUCAGCAAGGACUUACCUGAUACUUUAUGUUAUUCUUCUUCUGUUUACACUGAAAACAGAUCAAUGUUCAGCAGUUUCUAUUUAAUAUUUUUAAUAGUUCACCUGGAAGUGUUUUAUCUGAUAUGGUUUGUGUUGUUAAUCAUGUGACUUUGUGGCUGUUGAGAUGAAAGAUAACAGAAAACCCAUUUCAUAUUGAGUGUUUGAGCGUAAUUACCCAUCAUCUCUUCAGCAUAAC